AUUGCCAAGCAGCGAUUAAGGAGGGAUUAGGUGAUAUAGUGGCAAUUAUGAAACUAGAACAAGUAGCCGAUAAUUUGGUUCGUUAUGAAAAGGCGAGAAUAGAAAACGGGUAUAUUGAAGAAACCGAACAAUUAGAAAGACAAAGCCAAGAAUACUUAAAAGAGAUUGAGCGAGCCAAGUUCCACGAGGAACGAGGCAAAAUAAAUUGUGAAUGUGGUUGA